UGUGCGUUUCUGUGUGUGCGUGUGCGUGUGUGUGUGUGUGAGAGAGAGUGUGUGAGUGUGUGUCUGUGUGCGUGCAGCGCUGAGUGGAGAGAGCAAAUCGAGAUACAGUAGUAACCCAGAGUGAGGUGGCAGCCUUAUUCCACAUCGACACUGACUUGCCCUGUACGCAUCCUAUCUGUCUCUAUAUCGCAGAGCGCACUUGAGGGGUGAAAGAGGAGAGAGUCAAUAUGGCAUCUGGAAGUGGCCGCGGACAAUCCGGGAUCUAGUCUCUUCUGGAUUUUCUUUUUUUUUUUUGUACCACGGAGCGCAAGUGACUGGCCGUGCAAGGCGUUAAUAACUAAGUUGCUCCUGGCCCUGUUGGGACUUCGCUGGUGUGGAAUAGCAACAAAGGACGGGAGCGUGCAUUCAUGGGACGCGACUUUGACAGCUCAUCAUUUCUUGUCUUGUAACUUUAUUACCUGGCAGCGGGGGCGAGAUUGUGACUGGAGCAGGAGAUCAUGGCCGAGGCUCCGCUCCCCGACACACUCCCGGACUUGGACGUGGCCAUCGACCCGGACUUCGAGCCCCAGAAGCGGCCCAGAUCUUGCACCUGGCCGCUGCCACGACCGGACUCAAACGCGGUGAAACCGGAGAGCCAUGACACAGAUAUUAUACCGGAGGAAGAGGAUGAUGAUGAGGAUAAUGCCACCCCUACGAACAUCAGUGUCAACGGCUCUGGUUUGGCGACAGAGGACCAGAGCAGCAACAGCCCCGUGGCCGAUGGAGCGCUCUCCUCCCCCGGCCAGGAGAGCGGAGGCUCCCCGCUCUCCGCGCACUCCCCGGCGGCCACCUCUGGCGCGCUGACCCCCAGCAGCUUGGCCGCCCAGCAGACCCCGAGGAAAGCAUCAUCUCGCCGUAACGCCUGGGGGAAUCUCUCCUACGCCGACCUGAUAACCAAAGCCAUUGAGAGCGCGCCGGACAAGAGACUGACAUUGUCCCAAAUUUAUGACUGGAUGGUGAGAUCCAUCCCCUACUUCAAAGACAAAGGCGACAGCAACAGCUCUGCAGGAUGGAAGAACUCCAUCCGGCACAACCUUUCCCUCCACAGCCGUUUCAUCCGCGUUCAGAACGAGGGAACAGGGAAGAGUUCCUGGUGGAUGAUCAACCCAGAGGGUGGGAAGGGUGGAAAGGCCCCUCGCCGCCGUGCUGUCUCCAUGGACAACAGCAACAAGUACACCAAGUCCGCCCGUGGCCGUGCUGCCAAGAAGAAGGCAGCCCUGCAAGCUGCAGCAGCUGCUGCCGGUGAAGGGGGUGGAGAUAGUCCUUCAGGUCUCUCCAAGUGGCCUGGAAGCCCAACGUCACGCAGCAGUGAAGACCUAGACGCCUGGACAGACUUCCGCUCACGCACAAAUUCCAACGCCAGCACACUGAGCGGUCGCCUCUCACCCAUUCUGGCCAACCCUGAGCUAGAUGAGGUGCCAGAUGACGAGCCUCCUCUCUCGCCGAUGCUGUACUCCAGCCCUGGCAGAGCACUGUCUCCUGGCAAUGCCACGACCAAUGGGAAGUCUGUGCCGACUGAGCUGCCCCGCCUGGCAGACCUUGCAGGUACAAUGAACCUGAAUGAUGGACUCACAGACGACCUGAUGGAUGAGUUGCUGGAUAACAUCAACCUGGUGCCAACCGUUACAGGACAGCCGGCUACAAAUGGUUCCUCAGGGUUCAACUUUGGGUCCAAACCCAAUGGGCUAGGCACACCUUCCUCCACUUCCUCUCCCGCAUCCAACCCUUCUCCUAAUGGUGGAGUUAAUGGUUACAGUAACUCCAUCUUUGGCCCCCACACGACGGGAUCCUCUUUGCGUCCGUCCCCCAUGCAGACCAUCCAGGAGAACAAGCAGACCUCCUUCUCCAGCAUCAGCCUGUCUCGCUUUGGCAGUCAGACACUACAAGACCUGCUCAAUUCUGACAGCCACAGCCACAGCGAUGUCAUGAUGACCCAGUCUGACCCACUCAUGUCACAGGCCAGCGCUGCCGCCGUCAUUUCCCAGAACUCUCGACGUGGCCUCAUGCUCCGUAAUGAUCCCGUAAUGACCUUUGGGACCACUGGAGGACUUCAGGGCAGCCAAGGGGAGAUGUUGCAAAGUAACAACCACAACCAGAGCUCCCUGAGGUCUUUAAACGGGGGCCUGAACCUAGCCAACGAGGCUAACGUUCUGGCUAAUGCCAAGCAGCAGCUCCUGCUCUCACCUUUGGGGGGAAAUGGUUCCUCUUCCAUGCAGAUUGACACCUCGAUUUUUCUUAAUGGAACCGUUAGCAGCAGUGGAGGGAUCUGCCAGGACCGUUUCCCCACAGAUCUGGACCUGGACAUGUUCAACAGCAGCCUGGAGUGUGAUAUGGACUCCAUCAUCAGGAGCGAGCUGAUGGACGCAGAUGGCCUGGACUUUAACUUUGACUCUCUGGCCAACAUGAACGGAGUCGGCAACUUCACGAACACCAAGCAGACCUCUCAAAGCUGGGUACCCGGCUGAGAGGGUCAGGCCCGGGAAGGAGCAGAGCAGGUCUGAACUAUGUAGUGCAAGAGAAGAUCAGACACACAACAUCCUUUUUGCCAAACCUGCCAUCAGCACAACGUAAAAUACAAACCCUGUGUUUACAGAAGAAGACUUCCUCUUGAGAGCUUUACCUUCGCUCCCACACUGGUGAACCAUGAACGAACUGACAGACUCUAGAGAUGCUGCACGUCCGCCCUUAAAGCCUCCUGUGAAACAACAACAACAACAAAAACAACAACAAAAAGAAAACUGUCAAACUCACAAAUCUUAGAAUUAUGCAAUUUUCCUUUGACAUCCAGUCUGUUGAUAUCAAAGAGACACUGCUUAUCAGAGGGGGUUUCAGGUGAAAUACAACAAC